AUGAACUAUUCGUCUCAAGCUUGUAUCACUGCUUUCAACUUGGCCUAUAAUCUUGUAUUCCAGGCUUCCAACUAUUAUCAAAUGAUUAUUUCAUUUUGUUCUGUUUUUCCAUUAAUCUAUUUUCUUUUGUUCAAGCUCUCAAAAUCAAGUUUUCAUGGAAAUUUGAAAACAAUAUUUAUCAGCUAUUUUGUGUCACUUGUAGCAUUUUCUAUGACACAUCUCACCACUUCAACUACCCAAAUUAUAAAAUCAAUAAUAUCAACGGACAAUUGUGAUUUAAUAAUAUCCCCAUUUCCUCAUAAAAUUUGGAAUUUUUUCAUUUUGUUUUUCCUAACACUUUCUACCUUUUUCCCGUGCUCCGUUACAAUUGAACGGUAUUUUGCGAUGGAAACGGCAGAAAAAUAUGAAAAGGCGUCGGUAGUUAUGGGGCCAAUUCUUGUUGGAUUCAAUGUUCUAUUGAACUUUUGUAUUAUCUUUAACAUGUUAAAAGAUGAAAGUUACACUGAUGGAAAUGUAUCGUUUUCUGUUAUUCCAGCAGUCGCUGCUCAGAAAGCGUUUACCUUUUUUAUAAUUAUAUUUUUCGUCAAUCUCGUAGAUGUUAUAUUUGAUUUAAUAUUACUUCGAAUGAAUCUUAAAUUGAAAUUACAAUUGAAAAAUUCUUCACUUGCUGUAAAAUAUCAACUGGAAGAAGUCUAUCAAUCCACUAAAUUUUCCGUAUUUCUUAUUUUAAUUCAUAUUAUUUCAUUCGGGAUUUAUGUAUCUGCUGUGGUAUUUUUUCGAUAUUUCGGAAAUCUGAUAAUUUCAGACCCCGACUCUUUAUUCGGAGUCAGAACUUUUUCGACAACAAUAGUUCCUACAUAUAAUUUCGUUAUUGGAAGCUUCUCAAGUUUUUUUAACCGAAUAAAAUUGAAGAAGUCUGAGGGAGCAACUAUUCAAAUGUCUUCAACUGGAAAAUCUGGAGCUAACAAUUACGAUCAAGCCAUUUUUAGUAUUUGGAACUCAGUUUCUGGACCAAUCGACAGGAAUGUUACAUUAGUUUGA